UAAACUUGUGAGCACCGACACGUUGAGGGGGAGUAGCCAAGACCGAGCAGCAAAAACAUCACCGCGCAUUCCUGGGUAGUCCUCAGCUGCCAGCAUCUGAUUAAAACCAUAUCGCUCGCUGUGAGUGGCUAACUAAUCCGAAGGCGAGAGUGCGACCGAAUAUUUAACCGGGGCCCCGGUCCCAGCCAGGCUACCGGCUGCGCUCAUCGGAUCAUGCACGGAGCGGCACGGAUCUAGCCUGCUACAGUGAACAUAACUGGCCACAAUCCCAUAAUGUCUACUGAAGCUGAAACUGCUGCUACCAACAGCCAGCCGGAACAACAGGCUCCACCAAAGACACAGCCUUCAAAGAAAGAAAAAAAGAAAGGGCCAGAAAAAACAGAUGAAUCCCUCUUGGCUAGAUUCAAAGGUGAUGGUGUAAAAUACAAGGCUAAACUAAUUGGCAUAGAUGAUGUUCCCGAGGCAAGAGGAGACAAAAUGAGUCAGGAUUCAAUGAUGAAGCUGAAGGGAAUGGCAGCAGCAGCCCGUUCCCAGGGUCAACACAAACAGAAGAUCUGGGUAAACAUCUCUCUCUCUGGUAUCAAGAUAAUAGAUGAAAAAACUGGGGUCAUAGAGCAUGAGCAUCCAGUAAACAAAAUCUCCUUCAUUGCUCGGGAUGUAACAGACAAUCGUGCCUUUGGCUACAUUUGUGGAGGAGAGGGCCAGCACCAAUUUUUUGCCAUAAAAACAGCCCAACAGGCUGAGCCUCUGGUUUCUGAUCUUAAGGACCUCUUCCAACUAAUUUAUAAUAUGAAGAAGAAAGAAGAAGAAGGAAAGAAAAAGAGUGAAGAAUCAAGUCAGACUGAGAAUGGUGGUGAAGAACUGCCUGCUGAUCAAGCUGACAAAAUGAGACUGGGAGUUGACCAGAUGGACUUGUUUGGGGAUAUGUCAACACCUCCUGAUAUGAGCAGUCCCACAGAAGCUAAAGAGAUUCUGUUAGUGGAUUUUAAUUCUGAAAUUGAAACCAAACAAACCUUUGCAAAAGAGGAUCUCUUCUUGAAUGGCAUCACAGCCUCUCUUCCACAACCAAAUGCACAGACACCCUUCUUGCCUGAGAGUUCUUUCUCUACCAAUCUCAGCUUCUUUCCUACACCUAAUCCAGACCCUUUCAGUGAUGAUCCUUUCACACAGCCACCCCAAUCUGCACCACGUUCCUUUGAUUCUCUAAAAUCUGAUCAGAAGAAAAGCCCGAGUACCUUGACAUCAGUGGGUGAUGGUGCUUCAAAUGGUGAUAUUGACUACUUUGAUAAACAGUUUGACCAGAUUUCUAAUAGAACUGGCAAACGAGAAGCACUAACAUGCCUGUGGCCACUUGAGAGUAGGUCACCUGCAGCAAGAAUUCCCAAUGUGAUACGAGAGAGAGAACGGAAUGGCUUUCUUGAAGUCUCAACAAACCUAUUUGUGGAAGGUGCUUCCAAAGAAACAUCUCUGCAGAAUGGAGUAAAGCUGGAUUCUGAAAGCAAUAUCCAAUUCAUGACACAUGAGCCUAUAACAAUUAGCCCACCACCACAGAGUACCAAGCCAGGAAGAGGAAGGAGAUCUCUCAAGACUGCAUCGGAUGACUUAUUCAGCUCAGACUUCUUUUUGCCAUCUACAGAGAGCCUUAGCUUGAGCUCAGGGACACAAUCAGGAGCUCUGCCAACUAGACCACUGGACCUCUUCAAAACAAGUUCUACCACAGCAUCUCCAUUGGCUGGUCUAGGUGGCUCGCCAGCAACUUCAUCACCAUGGACCCCACAAACAGCUUCCUUCACUCAGGCUGCAUCAGUCUUUCAUGGGUCUAUGAUGCCUGCUCAGUCUCCAGGAUUUACUCAACCACUUGCCUUUGGUACUCAAGCAGUGCAGGGCUGGAACCAACCUUCAUCUUUUGGUGCCACAUCCACUCAGUCUUCUGGUUGCUGGUCACAGCCAGCACAAGUUUCAUCUAGUUCUUGGGCACAGCCAGCCAGCGCUGUAAAUCCCUUCCAGAGCAGUGUGUUCACAUCUCCAACUCUACCAGCUCAGACAGCCUCGGCGCUGCCCUCCAUGUCAACAACAGCUAGCCCACCUCAGCUGCCACCCAGAACUACACUUCAGAAAGAGAUGUCCAAGAAAGAAAGUGAUGCAUUCAUUGCUCUGGAUCCACUUGGGGAUAAAGAAAUGAAGGAUGUCAAGGAAAUGUUCAAAGACUUCCAGCUGACAAAACCCCCUGCAGUACCAGCAAGGAGAGGAGAACAGCAAAGCCUUUCAGAACCACCAAAGCCUGUUCCUCGACAAAGUGCGCUGCAAGCUGAUGGCCUGUUUGAAAGUCAAGAUAAAACAGACCCUUUCAGUACUUCAUCGAAGGAAUCUCAGAAUCCACCUUCUGGUCCUUUUGGUGACCAAUUUGGCAAUCCAUUUGCAUAGAUCAGGUGUAAUGAAAAGGACAAAUGGGAUAACUGGACCUCUUCUCAACAUGAUUUUUCUACGUGUUUCACUUUGCUGUCUGCUAUUCUUGCUGUUGUUUUAUGAUGUUUGCAAUUUGAAAUAUAUCCAGGUGGAUUGAAGCAUGGACCCUCAAAGAACAUGCUGUGAAGAUAAUUCAGGGCAAAGCAAAUGGGGAUAUUGACUCACGCUGAAAACCCAAAUUCAAAUUGGUGGAUGUUACCUUUACUUUAGUUCUUUGCACUCCUCUACAGAGAGGUUGGCAGCACCGAGUAAUGUGUCUUGUACCAUUUCCCUUUACAUAGCACUUACUGUCCCCAAAUAGAGGAACUUAAUGUACCCAGGGGAGAGGUGUUGCCUUUACAUAAGGGUAGUGAAUUAGUAGCUAAAACUCCACACCUUAAACAACUGGGUCAGUUGCACAUUAUGACAGCAGCGGCCAGUUGUGAAUUUAAGUGGAUGCUACUCGGUUCUAAUUGGUGACUGGACAGAUGACUUGGUCUCUUUGCCAUAAAAAUGUGUGUAUGUGUAGAGGAAAAUAAUCUAAUAUUAGCCUAUUUAACUAAAAGUAAAAGUGUCAUUCCACCAUAAAUGUGUCAUUAAGGGACUGCGGGGUCUGUAACAGCACUGCUGAAGCCCUGAGUACUAGAGGCCUACACUGUAAGCUGAAAAACUUCUUGCAGAACUUUUAUGUAGUUGUGGACACUAACCAUUGUCUUGGUGCUAAUAUGGCAGUUUUCAGGGAGGGAAAUCUAUGAGGAUUACUUUUCUAUUAAGGUGGCUUGGCAAACAAAUGAAAGAAGCCAUUAGGGUUCUUGCUUACAUCUCAGAGAAUCCCUGAUGUGCUCAGUUUGUGUUGUCACUUCACUCCAUGCCUAGUUUCCUUGUGAACAGAUGCACCACUUCUGUGCCAUUAAUAUGAGGUAGUACGCUAUCUCUUGGAAAAUGUGCCUUUUCUCAAGAGCCUCUUUACUAACAGGUUUUUGAAACAGUUAAAACUGUCUGUAACAGCUACAUUCUUGGCCAGUGGUGAUGACUGAUGUGUCAGAAGUUUUUCUGCUAAUAUUGCUAAACUGGAGAGCUAAGAAAGUCGACUUGAAUACAGCCUUAGUACCCAAUUCAGCCAGUCAUGCAGUUAGUCUUGUAUACAAACUUCUCUUGCACUUUCUGUAAUGAAAAAAAAAAAAAAAAAAAAUUAAAUCACAAAUUUAAGUAUUUGUCUUGAACUGGAAGUGUAGAAACUUAUUGAUGUUACACUGUUAUAUAAAAUUGUAGUAUCUGUCACUUAAUUACAUUAAAAAGAUGCAACUCUUCAUACCAAAUGAGCAUCAGUGUGGCUGUUAAUUCUGUCCUCUGUAAAUUGGUCUUGUGGUCUAGUUGACAUUUGGAGUUCAAAGCCUGCUGAGAAUCAUUCCUAACAGGUUCUGUAGCUGUCUGAUGGCGAAGUGUCUUUCUGUAACUUCUUGCAUUGGACCUGUUCAACAAAUGCUGUGCCAUAUUAAAAAAUGAAAUCUCCAACUGAUUUAGUAAAAACUGUCACUGGAACUUUGUCCCUUUGGCUGCUCAGCCUGAGCUUGUUGCUGCUAAAGAUGCAUUCUUGCUUCUUUCUGCAGGACCAUGGGAGCUGAGUACUCAAAUUGCAUGGAAUUCAGAAAUUUCAAUAAUUCAGCUUGUGUAUUCCAGGAAGAGAUCUAAAGUCACGCUAGGAAAUCUCAGAAACAUGUUCUUUUGUUCAAAAGAAAUUAUAUAACUCCUUUAACAGAGAUAGUUUAAAUAUAAUAAAUCUGUUAGUAAGCUGC